GAGAAUUGUGAAUGGGGGGUGCCUUUUGGGUGUGCAGUCAUAAGUCGGGCUCGGACGAGCCAGGAAGUAACUUCGAACUAUGAAGAGAGACGGUUAAAGUGAGGCGAGAAGCUUUUGUUGUCAGGGGAUUGAACACACGCCACAGAUCGGAGAGGAAUCAUAGGCAAUAGCAAAAGCGAUCCGUAUUGCUUGCAGUGGCCAAAACUGGCCGCAGUAGCUGGGUUUUGAGACUGGGAAAAAAAAACAAAGCACUAGUGCAUUACAGCGCACUUUACAUCGGAUCACUGCUGUAGUGAGUCACUUAAAACCAGGCAACGUAUAGCAUACAAGAGGAAGGAAGAGAGAAGAAGCGCGACCCGAGGGAGUCCAGCAUUUCUCCAGCAGCGUGACAAAUAAGAAAAGGCACGAAAAUUGAUCAAAUAAUAUUUAAGAUGCCUCGGGUGGUCCCGGAUCAGAGAAGCAAGUUCGAAAACGAGGAAUUUUUCCGAAAGCUCAGCCGGGAGUGCGAGAUAAAGUACACCGGUUUCCGAGACAGACCACACGAGGAAAGACAAGCCAGGUUCCAAAAUGCUUGUCGGGACGGGCGCUCCGAAAUUGCUUUUGUGGCAACGGGAACCAAUCUCUCGCUGCAGUUCUUCCCAGCCAACCUGCACGGGGACCAGCGCCAAGCUCCCACACGAGAGUAUGUCGACUUUGAGCGCGAGACAGGAAAGGUGUACCUGAAGGCGCCGAUGAUCCUGAACGGUGUCUGUGUCAUUUGGAGGGGCUGGAUCGACCUGCAGCGCCUGGACGGCAUGGGCUGCCUGGAGUACGAUGAGGAGAGAGCGCGACAUGAGGAUGCCCUGGCCCAGCAGGCCUAUGAGGAGGUGCGCAGGAGGAACCGAGAAUUCGAAGACAGGGAGCGCUCUCACCGUGAAGACCUGGAGGACCCUGUUGGAUCAAAAAUCUGGGACUGAUGGGAUUCAAGGACGAGGGCAAGGCGACAGCAGGACCCUAGCCCUGGCUCGAACAUGGGGAAUGCCGACGACCACAAGAUGCGCUAACAACGCGGGACACGGGUGGGGG